UUUCACGACUGCACCUCCCAUGACAGCAUAGGAAAACAAAACUGACGAAGACAAACAAACAGGGAAGCAGGAGGAAAACAACGGACCAGUACUGACAGAAUUUGUUGAAGGAAUUAAACUGUGGCGCACCGUGCGUAAAAGGCGCACUGGCCACUCUGCUGCGCGCCUCAAUCCAUUGCUUGAUUUUUUUGUUUUAAAUUGAAGGUUACUCUUUCGGAUUUUCAACCCUAAGGGGCUGAGCGAAGAAUGUUAAAAAUGACAGAGGAGCAUGACAAGUGUGGCGGCGACCAUCCGUGCAGUCCAUCCGGCACAAACAGCUCCAUGUCCCAGGACGAGUCCGACUCCGAUGCUCCGUCCUCACCGACGGGCUCCGACGGCCAUGGAUCCCUGCUUGCCGGUUUGGGCAAGAAGUUGGACGCGGAGGAUGACGACCGGUUCCCAGCUUGCAUACGGGACGCCGUCUCUCAGGUCCUCAAAGGAUACGACUGGUCCCUGGUGCCCAUGCCCGUGAGAGGGAACGGCUCACUGAAGAAUAAACCUCACGUCAAGAGACCCAUGAAUGCGUUCAUGGUUUGGGCGCAAGCAGCCCGCAGAAAGCUGGCGGAUCAGUAUCCACACCUGCACAACGCCGAGCUGAGCAAGACUCUGGGGAAACUGUGGCGUUUGCUCUCAGAAAGUGAGAAGAGGCCGUUUGUUGACGAAGCAGAGAGACUCCGGGUUCAGCACAAAAAAGAUCAUCCAGAUUACAAGUAUCAGCCACGGCGACGGAAGAACAUGAAACCAGGCCAGAGCGACUCAGACUCAGGAGCAGAACUGGCACAUCACAUGUAUAAAGCUGAACCUGGGAUGGGAGGACUGACGGGGAUGACUGACGGACACCACCACCCUGAACAUGCAGGGCAGCCCCAUGGUCCCCCUACACCACCCACUACUCCCAAAACAGACCUGCACCAUGGGGUGAAGCAGGAUCUGAAACACGAGGGCCGUCGUCUUGUCGACAGCAACAGGCAAAACAUUGAUUUCAGCAACGUCGACAUCUCUGAGCUCAGCACUGAUGUCAUCAGCAACAUGGAGACCUUUGACGUGCAUGAGUUUGACCAGUACCUCCCGCUCAACGGCCACGCCUCAGGCUCCUCCGCCCUGCCUUCAGACCACAGCCACGGGCAGGCUCCAGCGCCUGGGGGCUCUUACACUUCCUCAUACAACCAUGCAGGCGCCAACGGGUCAGCGUGGAGCCGCAAGAGCACCAUGUCCUCCUCCGCCCCCUCCGCCAGCGAGGUGGGCCAGCACCGGCUCCAUAUUAAAACAGAGCAAUUGAGCCCCAGCCACUACAGUGAGCACUCCCAUGGGUCGCCCUCGCACUCCGAUUACGGCUCCUACAGUAGCCAGGCCUGUGUCACCUCGGCCACAUCAGCUGCCUCGGCCGCAGCCUCUUUCUCCAGCUCCCAGUGUGACUAUACUGACCUCCAGAGCUCCAACUAUUACAACCCUUACUCUGGCUACCCCUCUAGCCUCUACCAGUACCCCUACUUCCACUCAUCCAGGCGGCCCUACGGCAGCCCCAUCCUCAACAGUCUGUCCAUGGCUCCUUCCCACAGCCCCACUGCCUCCAGCUGGGACCAGCCCGUCUACACCACGCUGUCUCGACCUUGAAGGGACAACAAACAGUCAGUUUGCACCAGACUUGCUCAGAUCGAUGCACUACUAAUGAAGGAAGUAAGGAGCAGGUGGAGGAGUGUGCGUAGUAGGCUACCUGUGACCAUUUGAAACAAACAAAAAGAAAAAAGUGCCUGCUGAUUUUAUACAAAGUUCUAUCGUUGCGAUUCAAACACAGACUUUUUACACAAAGACAAAUUGUGUUGUUGGUGAGCCAAAACUCCUCCAUGAGGACACGUCGCCUACGCCUACAUCCUGUACAUCCCCCGUCAUUUUUUUUCCAGUUUUAAGAUUGCACGUGUGUGAGGUAAAGCAGAGGCCUGCCGCCGAGUUGUGUAGGAGAGAAACGGCUUGGCUCAAUUCGGCUGUGGAGCAGAUGGAGAAGCAGAUACAUUGGAGAUCGUACACGGGACCAAUUAUGUGAAUUUGCAGUGAAAUUUACAUUAACGGCCAGAGCUAUAUCGCAGCCAUUUGCAUC